AUGAUAGCCUUCUUACGGCCGCUCUACGUCACCGGUUGCUAUGGCAGCGGCACAAUAGCGUCUCUGGGCAGUGUGCGGAUGACAACAAAUAUGGCGGAGAGCAGCGGGAACACAGAGACAGGAAGUGGACUGGAACAUGAAGCUGACAUGUCUAGAAACAUUAACAAGUUGAUUGUAACACCUCCAGGCUAUAAUGGGCAACCAAAAAGAGGGCACCUUAUAUUUGAUGCCUGCUUUGAAAGUGGCAAUCUUGGCAGAGUAGACUACAUCACAGAGUUUGAGUUUGACCUGUUCAUCAGACCUGAUACAUGUAACCCGCGCUUUCGUGUCUGGUUUAACUUUACUGUGGAGAAUGUAACGGAGUACCAGGAGGGAGCUAUCUUUGUUCAGGCAUUACUCAGAGGCAGCAUCUACGUCCUGGACUAA